GAGAGAGAGAGAGAGAGAGAGAGAGAGAGAGAGAGGGAGAGGUGACUGUAGAGUGAUGGGACCCGGCUGAGGGAGCAGCAGCGAGCGAUCACUCUCCGAGCUGCAAAUGACAGGGAGACAGAUGUGAAGGAUGACUUCAUGCACAGAGAUCUGCGGGUCAGACUACGGAGAACAAGCUCAAGCCAGUGGAAAUUGCCAGCAGUAUGGAGUCCGAUCCUACCUACACCAGUUUUAUGAAGAGUGCACAGCUUCUAUCUGGGAACGUGACGAAGAUUUUCAGAUUCAGAGAUCGCCGAGCAGGUGGAGCUCUUUACUCUGGAAGGUCUGUCUCGCGUUCGGCGCCCUGAUCAUGCUCGCAGGCCUGAUUGUUGUUUUGGUGGGUUAUGCCACUCCAACCAGGAUUGAAGCGUUUGGUGAAGAUGACCUCCUUUUUGUAGACAGCCACGCAGUCAGUUUCAACCGUGCACUGGACGUGUGCAAGCUGACGGGCGCCGUGCUGUUCUGCGUGGGAGGCACCUCCAUGGCCGUGGGUCUCCUGCUGUCUGCCUUUGCCAAAAGCUACUCCAAAGAAGAAUUGUAUCUCCAGCAGAAGUUUAAGGAGAGGCUGGCAGACCUGCAUGCAACAGUUGGUACCCCGGUAAUGAGAGCUCCAACACCCGGAGAGGGAAAGGUGCCCGUCACUCUCUCUAAAGUCCAGAACAUCCAGCCAGUCACUACAAAGUCAGAGACCUGAUCCCAACGGAGGCACAAGGAGAAGCGUGUGUGUGUGUGUGUGGACUGACUGGUGUGCAGACUCUGUGAAUGUGUGUGGGUGGAUGUCUCUUUUGUGCAGGUUUUUUUUUCUUCUCUUAUUUUGAAAGGUCAGCUUUCAUGAUAGAUAGUAUUGGUUGGUUGUUUUUAUUUGCCAUGCUUGACAUUAAAGCCCGGCUUCAAGGAGUUAGU